GGUUGCUGUUGGAGACGCAUUUGCUGGUUGGAACGCUUCUUGCAGUUGUCAGCUUCCAUCACGCUCUUGCGAACAUCCCUUCGUCGUAGUCUAAAGGGAGCAAAAGGAUAAAGUGCUUGUAUUAUCUCAAUGAACGAUGUCCGAUAGUGGCCGAUUCUUUUCAUCAUGGACCAAGCUCACUGUUCGAGCAAGUCUACCACUAAUGCACCUCGCAGAUGAUGACAGGCAGAUCGGCGUCCAGCAACGCUAAAGUGCUUUCUACUUGACGUUGAAGUGUGCGGCCACUCCGUCAGAGGCAUGGAAGUAUGUAAUUGCAUCUGGCGCAUGGUGGAUGGAUAUUCGUCGUCCAGCUGGCUCAUGCCAGCGUCAAAGGAGCGUCGAAGACGUCCGAGAUCCACAAACUCUCCGUUUUGCAUCGAACCGUCCAAUUCUCAAAAUGAUUGUGAACGCCCAAGCUCCCUCAUGACUCGAACUCGACAGUUCCGACCCCAAUCGUGUGGGCACCGCCACAUUGCAAUUCGUGCCGAACCAGUCAGUCAAGUCAUUCUUUUUUACGUGCUCCAUGGGUCUCGACAUCAAGUCUGUGAUUCAGGAGAAGACGCGGUGGGUGGCGUCCAAGCUGUCGCUGCGUAAGCUGCGCUCCAAGCGAUCGCGCAAGGCCAUGGAAACCACAGAACUGCAACCCGUAGCGCUCGCCGGCGCCAGUAGAGGCUUCACAGGUUCGUCGACGCAGUGCAACCACUUCGCACGGACACCAUCAGGAGCUCAGCUCGAUCAGUGGACUGACAGCUCGGGCGGAGGCAGCGCUCUCGCUGACGGCAGGUGGAAAAUCUGUCGGAUGUGCCAACGCAAGUUCUCACCGCUGAGUAUGAGUCGACAAUAUGCGGAUUUCUGCUCACUAGACUGCAAGUCUGCCUUCAUGCUCGGCCGUGGUAGUGCGUAGACAGUCAAUAUCGUGGGCAAGAGGAACUCACGACUCAACCGGUGUCGAAGAGAAGACAUCACUAGCAGUACCGUACCAAUAAUAAGAAAAUGGU